AUGUUAGUAAAAAGACCAGAAGAGGGGUUCAACCCGUACGUAAAUAACGGAGGAACCGUUAUUGCAGCAACGUGGAAGAAUUACGCAGUGAUAGCUGCAGAUACAAGACUGUCAUUGAGAUACCUAAUUCACACAAGAUACUCGACUAAACUGUUAAAAUUGACUGACAAAUGCAUUUUGGGAACAUCGGGAAUGCAAGCAGACAUGUUGGCAUUGCAAUCGGUGAUAGAGCGCCAAAUCGAAAUGUAUCGAUUUACACAUCACAAGGAGCCGACAUUUGGAGCAAUAGCGCAGCUGUUAUCGACAGUGCUGUACGGACGCCGCUUUUUUCCUUACUAUACUUUUAACAUUCUUUGCGGACUGGACGAAAAUGGAAAUGGAGUUACUUGUAAUUAUGACGCAGUUGGAAACUACAACUAUGAAAAGUACGCAGCCCAGGGAACGAGCUCAUCCCUAGUAGUGCCAAUUCUGGAUAAUCUGUUGAAUGGAAAUAAUCAGCAAGUAAAGCCACAAAUUAACUCGUUGGAAGACUUGGUAAAUUUGGUUAAAAACGCAAUGGUAUCAGCAGUAGAGCGUGACAUAUGCACAGGAGAUUCUGCUGAACUUGUGGUUUGUGAUGGAGUUGUACAUGAACCAGUAAGAAUGGAGCUAAGAGUAGACUGA